AUGACGGCACAUGCGAAUAGGGUCCAAAGACAGAGACGGAAAUCUGACCGAUCUGAAUCGCUGUGCCAGAAUCGGGCGUGCAGCGCGCCUCUCUGCAAGAUUGCGACAAAUGCAGCUCGAGCGCGAAGGCUUUCCUUCUCACCCUUCCCGCCCUCUCGCUCCUCGUCGACGGCCACCUCUAAGAUCCACCCAAACUCCUGCAGAGCAUUCAUCACUAUGGCGGACGUAGCUCUUGAUUACGGCUCAGCCGAGACCGACCCCUCGGCGGCCGUACCGAUGCAAGACGAUGCCAUGGAGGAAGACGGCGCGCAACAAUCCGGAUCGCGCUUCUAUCCCAUCUCUACCGACCAAGCCGUCGAAGCAGGAGCACAGCGUGGUCCCGCCCCUUCCUCCGGCUCAGAGACCUCUCUGGACGAUGCAGCACUUGUCGGCACCGCUCCCCCGUCCGAGACACCCGACCCUCCCGCAGUCGAAGGGGGAUCCGACAUCCGACUCGACACGCUCCUCAUCGAAGGCACACCCAUCACCCAACUCUCCACAUCGCGUCUCUUCGCCUACCUGACGCACUUUGGCGCUCAGCCCCUCGGUCUCGAAUGGAUCGACGAUCGAACCUGCAAGAUCGUCUUUGCCGACGAACGAUCUGCACGCCUCGGGCUCGAGUAUCUCCUCCCACCCUCCGCCUCGGACGACAUGCAAGCCGAAACCGAUCUCGCCCCCCUGCCGAACAUCGAUACUCUUCUCGAAUACGACCCCGAUUCAUGGCAUUCCGAAUACAUCACAUCCCUUGUAACCCCGCGUCAGGCACAUCGCGUCCCUGCGAAACUCUACAACCUCGUGGAACGACAAGCAGCGUCGACCGAGUUGGAACUGCAGAAACAGACACAGGACGCGGUAUCGUCGCUGCCAGACGACGUACCGGAGAUCUACAGGGAGAUGGAGGAAGCCGAUCGCAGAAAGGAGGUGCCACGCGAGGUGAGGGAUCUGCAGAAACUUCGUGGGCUGCUUUGGUUGAGACACGCGGUCACGGAUGUCGAUCGAAAAGAGUCCCGCGCAAGCACCAGGAGUCAGUGGUACAAGAGGCAUGGGUAUGAGGCGGGUAGGGAGAUCGUUCCCAAGCUACUGCAGGUCGGAGAGGUCAAGGAGAGUGUGGAGUUGUUUCCGGAUUGGAAGCCUUCGACAACGAGUGGAGAUGAUGGAAGGAGGAGGAAGAUGGACGAGUUGGAUUCCGAGUUGGACGGGUAUAGAGCGGCGAGGGAUGAACCGCGGAGGAGGGAAGGUGAGAUGAUGGCCGAUGCUGUGCGUAGGAGGGAUGGAGAUCUUAUGGAUCGACUGCACUCGAGGCGCGGGGAUCGUCGUCACGAGCGCGAAGCCGACGCGGGUAGAUGGGGACACGAUGCAUACGAAUCGCUCUCCUCCGACCGUCAUCGCGGUCGACGCUCCCGCCGCACCGAAACCGACCUCGAAUCCCUCGACCAAGAACUCGACGACCUCCGUCACUCCCGCCACCAACAACAAUACCACCGAGAACUCUCGCCCUCGCGUCGUCAACGCACCGACGACAGAAGCGCAAGAACCAAGGUCAAAGGUAGAGGUAGAAUGAAGGCUCCCGGCUUCGACGAUAGGUGGGCAGCGCAGGAGGAUGACAAAAGCCUCUCGUCCAGGAUGGGCGGUGGGGGAGAGCUGUUGACCCGUCUCGGUGAAUCAAGAGGUAGCCUCGCAGAUCGAUUCUCUUAA